CGAGGUGCGAUAAUGACGAGACCGUACAAUCGUCGACAACUUGUCGCGUUACUUUUGCUGUUGCAAACCGCCUCGAGGUACGGUCACGCGGUUUCCGCGGAAUCGACGCACGCGGCCGACCUAUCGCCACCAUCCGCAUCCGUGCCGUCCGGUCUCUCCGGCCCGGAUUACACCGGGCCAUCCGCGGGUUCGGACGAAUGCGAUCCCGAGAUGGUUGGCUUCGAGUUGGUAACCGGCUACGUGUACACCGCGCCCACAAACAUGCUCGAGUCCAUACCGGGCACGUUGAUGCUCACCGAUUGCCUCGAGACCUGUCAGGCAAACGACUCCUGUCAGGCGGUCAACUACGAGACGGGACUAUGCGUCCUAUUCAGCUCUAACGCCGACAGCAAUCCAGGCGCGCUGUCGCAAUCCCAAUUUCCAGUAUUCACGAUUUACGCUCAAAAGACUUGCCUGGCGGUAAAGCCUUGCGAGCGCGCUUGGUGCAUCGAUAGAGUCCAGGGACAUCGUCUUCAGGGUCACGCACGCAGAACCAUGACCGCCUCCUCGAGGCAACACUGCCUCGAGCUCUGUCUCGGCGAGCGAGACUUUCUGUGUCGAUCUGCUAAUUAUGUCAACGCCACUAAGCAAUGCGAACUAUCGGAUAUGGAUAGGUUGACUGUUGCCGGUUCAAAUGCCUUUCAGGCAGCGAAGGGAAUGGAUUAUUUGGAAAACCAUUGCGUGGAAGAGCCAGUGAAACUUUGCGAAUUUAAGAAGCUGACCGGCCGAAUACUAAAGACCGUGGACUCCGUUUAUCAGGAUGUCGGCACAUCCGAUGAAUGCCGAGAAUUGUGCCUAAAUUCGCCAUUCCGUUGCCAUUCUUACGAUUAUGGUGAUACUGGUGACAUGGUCUGCCGUCUUAGCCAUCACACCCGUGCCACUCUCUCCGAUAUUCAGGAACCGUAUCUCGAUGUACCGGAGGCGUCCACGUACGAACUGAGCUCCUGCUACAACGUGACCAUCGAUUGCCGCGCCGGCGAUAUGGUGACCAGAAUUCAAACGAGCAAGCUCUUCUACGGCAAGGUAUACGCAAAAGGUUCGCCCAACUCGUGCGUGCAAGAUGUCAAAGGUGCGCUUGAGUUUGAGCUGCGCAUGGCAUACGACGAUCUCGAGUGUAACAUAAGGCAGCAGGGUCUCGGCCGGUACUUGAACGACGUGGUUAUUCAACAUCACGACACUAUCGUCACCAGUUCUGAUCUCGGAUUGGCUGUGACCUGUCAGUACGACCUCACUAACAAGACUGUGUCUAAUGAAGUCGAUCUCGGCGUACACGGCGAUAUCACGCCCGCGUUGUCGGAGGAGGUGAUCGUCGACUCACCGAAUGUCGCCAUGAAGAUUACCGAUCGCAGCGGAAACGAGGGUAUCCCGUCAGCCGAAGUCGGCGACCCUCUGGCGCUUAAAUUCGAGAUCCUCGAUCCCAACAGCCCGUACGAGAUUUUCGUUCGUGAGCUAGUCGCCAUGGACGGUGUCGACUCCAGCGAAAUCAUCCUAAUCGAUUCCGACGGCUGCCCUACCGAUCACGUCAUCAUGGGACCACUUUACAAAUCGGCCACUACUGGCAAGAUACUGCUAUCGCAUUUUGAUGCCUUCAAGUUCCCGAGUUCGGAAGUGGUGCAAUUCCGCGCUCUGGUCACUCCGUGUAUGCCGGCCUGUGAGCCUGUGCAGUGCGAUCAGGAGGAGACGACUGGUGAAUUACGCUCGGUGAUCUCCUUCGGCAGACGCCGCCGCCGCCGUUCCACUGUCGCCGUUUCCCAGAGCCGCGAGGAUCUCCUUUUGGUGCAGUCUAUUCAGAUCACGGACAAGUUCGGCUUCGAGCGUGACGGUAAGUUAUCGAACGCCUCCGCGACGAGGGACACCGUUUUCAUCGAAAGCGAAGACAUAUCAUCGACGAUGGGCAUGUGCAUCAACCUGGGCGAGGCCAUCAUUGCCGGCACGGUCUUCCUUGUCGCCCAGAUUGCCAUCAUAGCGGCAUGGACUUUUACCUGGCAGCGACGCCGACAGAUGCUGAAGCAUCAGGAAGCGCUCUCGGUCUCUGUAUCCGUGCCCGGAAUGCAUUCCAUGCCGGGGCGCACCGACAGUCUUUGUAAGUUAUACGAUGCCGGAUACUCCGGACGUCGUUUCUGAAUGAUUUUUCCUCCCGUCCGAUAUCAAUCGUCAAUCUCGUCUUCCUGCGUAAAAAUCGCUAUUACAAACCUUGAGCUGACUCUUCGCACGUGGACGUGAGCUUUUUAAAUUCAAGUCCCGGGGAGAUUCGCGCGCGUGUCACGGUUCUCGAAAGCGAUCAGCAGAUAACCAUUUUCACGGCUCACUUAAAAUUUUUCUCCGGAAUUCGGACGAAAACGCUACUUUGCUAUAUAUAUCAUAUAUGUAUAUCAAACUUUUACGAAUCUACCGUGUUGAAGCCAAUAUAUGUAGCUUUUAGUUAAGUAUGCCCUUUACCGCCCACGCUUAUCUUUUAGUCGGGUGGAAGCUUUGCAGAAGCGUUCUACUAAUCCCAAUUAGAUCUGGUUAGAGAUGGGCAAAUCACGGAGUCUGUUCAAGUAGAGAAACUGAUCGUCUCGAUCAGAAACAAGAAAAUGAUCGCUGCUCAUUUGUACGAAUGUUUUUGUAUCCACACAUCUUUAUUUUAGGUACUAUUACACAUACGCAUAUUCUUUUUCUAUUCAAACUUCAUUUCCACGCAGCUGGCAGCAUAAGAAAAUCGAUAUCGUUAUAUCACUUAAUUGAAGUUGUUUCUACGCUCAUCUUCCCGGGUGGAGCAACGCAAUUAUAUACGUACAUUCGCAUAUGCACACGUGCUAAUAAUGCCGGUAGAAUUACCGAACGAAAUAAUUAGCACAAUUGCGCUUGAUUACUUGCUAUCUGUCGCUUAUUGAGGCACAAAUAUCAGUGUUUCCCGUUCGGUAUUCCUAGCCAAGGUCGCGGCGUAACGAAUCGUACCGAAUAUAUCAUCAAUCUCGUCGUUCUGUCUUUGGUGCGGCCGGUUAUUUCGUGGAAGGAGCAAGACUGCAAUUACGAUCCGUACCGGCAACCUUUAAUUAACGUGACGUUCAAUGUCUAAGCGACCUUCGUGCGUAUGCGUACCCCGGUUCAACGAAAGUCGAUGCCGUCUAAAGAGGGACGUUUCUUAGAAGCAGAUUGAAUGGGCACGAUAGAGGAAAAAGAAGAAAAAGGAAAAGAGGAAACGUCUCGUAAUAUCGCGUCGAUACUUAAUCCGUAUCUGAUCGUGGCAUACCGAGAAUCACACGCCUCGCGCCGUGGUUAAAUCGAUUUCUUACUUUAUUCCGUGAUGAAAGUGGCGAUCUCGCCACACCUCUUCCGUUGAUGAGUAGUUGAUAAUGUAACGGUGCAAAAAUUCAGCCGCGAAGAGAGUAAUCGAUUUCGCGCGCGAGUUUGGUCGGUUUCUUACGCCCACGUGUACCAUCCUUUCCUCGCCGCUCUUUCCUCUUCGUUUCUCAUCUUGCCCUUAAAAAGCGCUUUCACCAUCUCUUCUUUUCGCGAGCUGACGUAACGCGAUGCGAGACGUCUCUCAGCACGUUCCUGGCUCCAUAUGAUGAUGGAGCGACGUGUAUUCGCUACGCCGGAUAGGCAACCGGUGUUAGUCUCUAAUUAGCAUUGGGAAUUGGGCAUGAUUAUGCAGAUGUGUAGAGAAGGACAUCGCAACGAGGAGAUCGGGCGGCGAGUUAAGCACGGGGAUGAAAGAGGGAGAAGGGAUUGAAACGGAACGAGAAACGGUAGUAGGAUCAAAACGUGGUGAGCUCGGUGAAGAGGGGUAGAAGGUAUGCGCGCCAACCAAAGGGUUUGGCGGAAGGUUAAUUGCCUCUUGCGGCGUCUCGGGGUUAAGCUAAGCUUGUGGGAGUAACACUUGAUGGGGUUGAGUCUAGCUUCCGGAGUAAAGGGGAGACGAGAGAGAGAGAGAGAGGGGGUAAGGAGGAAGCAAGGGGGGGAGAGAGAGAGCACAGAAUCACAUCAAGGAUAGCCAUCUCUCCAUACCGGUGCCACGUAACCUCGAUUUCCGACUUAACCUUAGCCAUAUCCCUUACCCUUAGUCAUCCCGUGGCGGCCAGGUUAAUUUACAUCGCAACACCUGAGCUUAUCAAUCUAGAUUGGCCUACUUGACUUGAAGGAAGCUAUCAAAAAUUGUUUGCUUGGUAUAAUGGAAAGAAUUUUCUUCGUACCGUGAUUACGCACUGGUAAGCAACAGAAUAAUGCGCUCUAUUGGUCCGCCAUUCCAUCGCCGGAUAUCUUGAGAGAAAAUUCUAAAGGACAAUGCCGCAUCGAUAAUGUCAAACACAGACAAAUCCAGUUCGUAACAGUUAGUGUACAUUUUCUGUAUAAACUACAAAAACUAUAAAAUGUAUUUAUCAAAUUCGCGUUACUUUUGCGGCAAGUUGAAAAACAAAAAAAAAAUUGAGAAAAGAAUAUCAGUUUUUACAUGAUAUAAAAUACUUCUCAAAAUUAAUAAUCAAGUGGUAUGCGAGAUACAGAUUACUAAUUUAUGUUUUAACCUAUAUAAUUUUAUAACAACAAUUGAAAUAACUGUUUAAUUUUGCCAUAUCGAGAUUCAGAUUUUAUCUUGCUUUAAAAUAUGUAAAGCGGAAUAAAAGUUAGCAUCGAAUUAGUGCGUGUAAUGCAUUAUAAAAAAGGGAAAUACAAAUCGAAUAAUUGUGCCAGUGGCGCCUUAUCGAUUUCCAAGGCACACAAGACGGGUUCAGAGAGAUCGGAUUAAUUGAGAAACUUGAGGAUUAAAAUACACUCGUUAAGACAAACACGGGGCAUAAGAGAGACGAAAUGAAAGCUUCCAAUCGUUCUGAAGUGUUUGCAUUACGGUUAACCGAACUUUGGAUUGUUCUGAUGUUUGACGUUUACUUAUGGCAUGGUGAAGAUUCGUGUACCUCAGACUUUGCUUUUAUUCAUACGCAUCGAAACCGUUAUGUAUGCAAACAAUCAUCAUGUGCUUGCUCGCAACAAAAUUUUAUCUUACGCGCGAUAAUGUUAUCUAAUAAGAACUCGAUCCGUUAGAUGCUAAAAUAAUCGUAUAAAGAACCAAUUUAGGAUUCGAAAAAUUUGUCGAUGCAAGCAAGACAAUAUCCAUCAUAUCUAAUAACUAAUAACCACGUAUAACGUUUGCCGCACGUGUAACUCACUAUUAACGUUUAGCGGUCGCUAACGCAACGACAAUAGCCAAAAUUGAACGAAAAAGGAUGCGCAAUGACAGAGACUGCGCGUAUGUUUUGUCCAUCCAGAAUUCCAGUGCACGCUUUAAUUAUUGGAUCUAAUUGCCGUGGAUAUUGCUAGGCUUUGCUGCAUUGCGCGAGACCGUUGGAGCGUCGACACCGAAUCAAAUGGAAUUUCGAUCCUUAAAUCAAGCACCAUUGAUUCCGCGAAGCACACAAGGCAAUAAUUGAAAUGCAGAAAACACAAGCGCGACUAACGUUUUUCCGGUAUAUUUCCGCGAAGUGCGGUUUAAUUACUUUCGCAUUACGGAUGUAACGAGUACGCCGAUGUUCGUAUCGUUCUUAGUCGCGGAUGCGACUUGCUCGAUAACUUUCUUUCCGCUUCACUGCUGCUUCUAUGCGUGACCCGCUUGAUAUAAGUAUAUAAAUACAAGUAAAUAUAUAAAUAUAAAAAUAUAUAAAUAUAAAUAUAUACACACGUAUACAUAAACGAUGAUAAACAUGCCAACGAAGGUGCCUACGCGUACGAUAAGUGAUGCGACAUGCAUAACGCGAUUUUAUCUUUUGUCAUUUUUACUUUUUAAAAAGAUAACCCUUGAAUUAUAUGGAUUUACGUUUAAGAAUUUUUGCGCUAACGCUGCAGUAGUAUAUCCAACCUGCUUGUGGUGAGAGGGUAGAGCCAAUUUUAUACAUGUUCGACGAUAUUUUUGUACGAACGCAAUUUCUCAAACGUGGUGUUGCACGCGCGAACGCGCGCACUGCGCUAAUGCGUGCGUGAACGCACUCGAAGCGCAAACGUGCGCGUGCGGUCGCUCCGCGCAACGCUUUAGCGAUGUAAUUUCAACAACGUAUAUAUGUAUGAGCGUAUAUAUGGAGUGACGCAAGAAAAAUCUGACAAUUCUUCGCCUCGCCUGCGAGAAGCGGUCUCCGACUAGAGACGUCGAAUGCAAAAAGAGAUCAAGUUGUCUCUGGUGUAAAAUGCGGAAACUUGCUGGAAUAGAUCCUAAGUCAUUAUUCUUCAUGGGCGAAGAUGUGCAAGAUUUUCUCGCGUCACUUCGUAGACAACAAGCGUUUCGAGUAUAACACGAUAACGAAUGUGUGAGCACUUUUCAUCGACUUGAUCGAACUGUAUGUGCGCGGCAUGCACACCAUGCCCAGUCGCUCUGACGUUUGAUCCAACUCAAUGGAAACUGCCGAGUACGCGAAGAGUAUAAGGACUAUCAUUAAUUAAUUAAUUGUCUUACAUUUAAUGCGUUUACGAUGAACGUAAAAGGAGCAAUCAUGUUUCAUCAAUAUAAUAACAUAAUUAAUAUUAAGUUAACGCGCCCGCGGUCUUGGCACUGAGAUCGAGACCGCGGAAGGCAAUUGCGAAGGAAAGAUAAUAUUGGGCUCGAGGACGAUCACUUCUCUCGAUGAUAUCAACGCGCCUGCAAUCCCGAAUGGCCGACUCGGGUAGCCGCGAGCAAUUCAACGCGAUCGGCGCCGUCGUCUGCGUUUCUGCGUACAAGUACCACUCGCUUCUUCUUCAUCUCCUUCUUCCGUCCAUUCCCCAUCCCUCCGCUCCUAUCGCCCAUCUUAAUGAGGAUUAUGUUUAUACCACGUACUUUUUAUCAAGAGUAUCCACGAGUUUGUAGAGAUGUCGGUGCUUGUCCUCGAGCCUGAGGUGCGCGCCUGCUCCGUCGUAAGCUCGAAAAGCUCGAGUCUGUUCUGUACCAUGACAAGCGUGUAUUUUUGCUUUUUCUACGUCCUAUACGUCUUCCUUUCCAUCCCCCAUCUCCUUGUAUCCAUUCUUUCGUUUUCCCUUACUCCCUGCCAUCCAUUCGCCUUCCCUCCAUUCUCCUCUCCUUGCCAUCCUGCUGCUGAGAGUGCGCGUCGCCUCUCGCUAAAUUAAACCAUUUUCAUUCGUGAACACAUACGUCACGUACAGAACUUACCCGACGAUCGCGAGCGUCCUUAUAUGUUAUAUCCGCGCACCAGCAUUAAUCGCUUAUUUAUUUCUUACGUUAACGUAUAUUGCCCUUCAAGAAUACUCGUAUCCUAUCACGCCUAUUUUUUUCCCUGCCCAUACACAACCGGCAUACUAACUACCGUUUUAAUAAUACACCCGUCACAUCAGCCACGCACUGAAACUGCUAUGUAAUUUAACGAAUCACUCCGCUGACGUUAAACGUAAUGCGUGCGUGUUUCUAAUUAAUUUCCAUUUUUUUUCUACAUUAUCAAGACGUAUCUUUUUUCAAACGUCGUAUAUGUCAGUACCGUAACACACACGUUGUACAUAGCAUAUAUGGUACAGAGAAAAUAAACUCAUUUUAUAACGAAAAUCGUCGUUUUCUUUCACAUACGGAUUCUCGCCCUUCAUGGUAUA